UUAAAAAUUUCUCUAAAUUUCUUUUGAUACCGAAAAUUUUUUAUAUAUAGAUUUACCAUCGCAAUUUUUGCUUUGUCAAUCUCUGGUUUUUCUUGGGAAAAAGUAAAGAAGUGAGUACAAAUGCUUGGUGGUUUGUACGGAGAUCUACCGCCGCCGUCCGAUGAGGAUAACCAACCAAGCAGUAACGCCACGGUAUGGUCAAGCAGUACAAAGAUGGCUCCUCCCACUCUCCGCAAGCCUUUCUCCGGCUUUGCUCCGCCGCAGACUAUCAUCAGAUCCCAAAACAAACCCAAAAACCCUAUUCCCAAAACAACAACCUCUUCUUCCGUUUCCAUCUCCGUGUCGCCUUCCCCCGUGGCGGUUGCACCCGACGGAAUGGUGCAACAUCAGCCUGCACUUGUGGGCGUCACUUCCAGUGUAAUCGAAGAGUAUGACCCAGCCAGGCCCAAUGAUUACGAGGAAUACCGGAGGGAGAGGAAGAGGAAAGCUAUGGAAGAGGAGAUGAGGAGGGAAUUGGAGAGAAGGCGGAGGGAAGAAGAGGAAAGGGAGAGGGAAAGAGAAGAGAGGGAAAGAGAGAGAGAAAGAGAUUUCAAUGAUUCCAGGCUGAAUAUUUCAGGCGAGGAAGCUUGGAGAAGGCGUGCUGCUAUGAGCGGUGGGGUUCCAAGGUCCCCAUCUCCGCCGCCGGGAAAAGCCGAGGGUUUCACCAUUGGGAAGUCGGAGACAAGUGGACUAGGAGUUGGGGCAGGUGGGCAGAUGACUGCUGCCCAAAGAAUGAUGGCCAAAAUGGGGUGGAAAGAAGGUCAGGGUCUUGGAAAACAGGAGCAAGGGAUUACUACACCAUUGAUGGCCAAGAAGACUGAUAGGAGAGCUGGUGUAAUUGUGAACGCCAGUGAGACUUCUAAACCUGAUAAGAAGGUUAAGAGUGUUAGCUUCAAUGGCCCCCCUACUCGUGUUUUGCUGCUUAGAAACAUGGUUGGUCCUGGUGAGGUAGACGAUGAAUUAGAAGAUGAGGUUGGAUCCGAGUGUGCAAAAUAUGGAACUGUUACCCGAGUUCUGAUAUUUGAGAUAACAGAGCCAAAUUUCCCAGCCGAUGAAGCCGUCAGAAUCUUUAUUCAAUUCGAGAGAUCAGAGGAAACAACUAAAGCAUUAAUUGACCUCGAUGGACGGUUUUUUGGGGGGAGGGUCGUUAAAGCCUCAUUUUAUGAUGAAGAGAGGUUUGGUAAGAAUGAGUUGGCUCCGAUGCCGGGGGAAAUUCCGGGAUUUUCUUGAUGCAGUACAAAGUCCCCGAUGAGAUGGUUGAGUUAGUACAACCAUAAAUUGAAACAUAGACAAAACAGCAUUGUUUGCAUACUGCUGUGUUCAUCUGUUUUAUUGUUUGUGUUUCAUUAGGGUUUUAUGCCUUUGCUUUAUGAAGUUAACUUGUACUUAGACCUGUUCACAGGACUGAGUGGGUUCUAUCGAAGUUUGAAAGGGUUUAGGCAAAAAUUUUAAGACUCGAAAAAUGAGUUUAGACAAAAAAAAGUUAGGUUUAUUUAAAAUAUAGGCUUAGUUUAGUUUUGAAUAUUGAAGGUUUGAGCUUUGUCCA